AUGGAAACUACUGAUAAGCUUGAUAAUAUUUCUUUAUGUGAACCUAGAGUUGAUGAUUGUCAGUUAUGGGAUGUAUUUCUAGGAAUUUAUGGCUAUUCUGCCUUAUUAAUUGCACAUAGGAUGAAGUUAUUUGCUAUUUUAGCAAAAAAACCACAUACAUUGGAGGAAAUUUGUAGUAUAUUGGAUAUUAAGUCUCGUCCUGCAGAAGCGUUGUUGGUAGCUGCAGUUAACUUAGGCUUUCUAAGGAUAAAGGACGGGAAAUAUUUGCUGAUGCCAGUAGCUGAAGAGUAUCUUCUUGAAAAUAGCCCAAAUUACUUUGGAUAUUAUUGGGAUAUUAUAAUUGAUAAUCAUGAAGUUUAUUCAUUUGCAAGCCUGGAAAAAGCAAUAUGCACUGAUACAGCUCAGGCUUAUGGUGGAGGUGAUGUAUUUAAGUCACAUGAAGAAAACAAUGAAUCAGCACUAAAAUUUACUAGAGCAAUGCAUAGUGUUAGUAUGGGAUCAGCACAGGCUUGGCCAAAAUUUAUAAACCUAUCAAAAUAUCGUUUGCUGCUUGAUGUAGGAGGAGGAUCUGGAGCACAUAGUAUCGGUGCAGUUUCAAAAUGGUCAAAGCUUCAAGCUACAAUAUUUGAUUUAGCCCCAGUUUGUACUAUUGCUCAAGAAUUUAUAGAUAAGUAUGCUUUACACGAACGCAUUAAUACCUAUGCAGGUGAUAUGUGGAAUGAUGCUUUCCCUUCAGCAGAUUUGCAUUUUUACUCCAAUAUCUACCAUGACUGGACACCAGAGAAAUGCUUAUUUCUUACCGAGAAAAGCUUCAAAAGUUUAGAACAAGGAGGGCGCAUUAUUGUUCAUGAAUUACUUUAUAAUGAUAAAAAAAAUGGACCAUUUUCAGCAGUAGGCUGUAGUAUGUUAAUGUUAGGUUGGGCCGAAGGUAAACAAUAUUCAGGGAAAGAAUUAUCUAAAAUGAUGCAGAAAGUUGGAUUUAAAGAUAUUCAAGUAAUACCAACGUUUGGUUAUUUUAGUAUUGUAACUGGUGUCAAAUGA